AGGGUCAAAUUCCAUGUCCUUUUUUUCCCAGUGAGUCUUUGUGCUUAGCACCACAACUCUUCAGUCCGCAACCAGCAGAAAAAAGAGAGCCAUUGUGGGAAAUGUAACAGAAUGUCUCUGCCCUCAAACAAAGCAGCACAGACCAUCCCCCCUCACACCCUGACCAGGCUGGCACGAGAGUGGCUCGCAGAGGACACACCAAACUUUGACCUGGCAGGAGUGUCCGUAGGGUCACAGGAUGUUGAGGCAUGGCUACUGUGUAAAACCCCACACAGCGUCCUGGCGGGGAGCCCCUUCUUCACAGCAGUGUUCACUGAGGUUGGCUGCAGUGUGGACUGGAUUCACGAGGAGGGAGCUGAGAUUGGUCAAGAUUCCGUCACGUUGACUGCUGUGGUUCGAGGCCCAGCCAGGUGCCUCCUCCUCGGGGAAAGGCCGGCUCUCAACUGCCUGGCCCGGGCCUCGGGGAUCGCCACACGCUCCUCUCUGCUCCGGGCAACUACAACGGUGAGAGGUUGGCACGGAGAAGUGGCCGGCACGCGCAAAACCACACCGGGCUUCCGUCUGGUGGAAAAGUACGCCAUGCUGGUUGGCGGGGUGUCCAUGCACAGACAGGACCUGAGUGGAAUGGUGAUGCUGAAGGACAACCAUGUCUGGGCAUCAGGAAGCAUCACGCAGGCGGUGAAAGCUGCCCGCUCGGUGUCCGGCUUCAGCAGUAAGAUUGAGGUGGAGUGCCGCUGUGAAGAGGAGGGCAGGGAGGCCGCUGGAGCUGGAGCAGACAUUGUUAUGCUGGACAACUUUCAACCUCGGGAGCUCCAUGUUGCAGCCUGUGCACUGAAGAAGGAGUUCCCAACACUACUGAUCGAGGCCAGCGGAGGAGUGACUCCAGAGAACUUGGCUACGUAUUUGUCCCCGCAUGUCAACAUUAUUUCUCUGGGCUGCAUAACACAGGGAUGCCCCGUUGUCGACUUUUCUCUCAAGGUUCAAAGGCCUGUUGUUAACCCAAGGCUGCAGGAAUGAUGACAAUCCCAGAAUUUUUUUUAUUUUCUUUUCAGUUUCCAUUAUCUUCUGUUUCUAAUGAUGUUAGCAACAACUAACAUCCUGUUUGCUCACUGUGAUAAGAAUAAAAUAGAAAC